AUGUCAGCGCAAUACAUGAAGGACUGGUCCAUGCACAUCACCACCGCCGACGCCAACGGCGAGCCGUUGGCAGCGGCGCAGCAGCACUUCGUGGUGGGACCACCGGAUCAAGACAUGCGAGCGGCUUGGCGGAUGGAGGUAGUGAGGUGGCGGGCCAAGACUGAAGCCCCAAAAUUGAGCGAUGAAUGUCCUAGAGUCCUAAAGGGAGUCCAUUCUGCCCGCACUUCGCAGGAUGUGGGUGUCGUCAGGAAAAUCCGCUUCCGACCGCAAGGUCUUGUCCCGGUGGAAGGUCGUGACUUUGCGGGAAGGCUUGUUGCCCCAUUGGAUGGUGGGGUUCUUGGCUGUCCUGGACGAUUUCCAUUCUCCCUGCAGAGUUUCCGUGCAGAGUUUCGCUGCGUUUGGUCACAGCAAGUUUUGGAACUUGAAGCCCGCCAAGACGGCGGAGAUCCAACCUGUCCCACCCUGGCACCAGUCACUGAGGUUUGUCAAUUGCUGGAUCGAUGGCAUGAGAUCUAUGGCGAGCGGCCACCGUACAUCAUGGCCUUCGUGAACACCGGCUCGGGCAAUCGGAAGGUCUCUCAGGCCAUCAAGGAUCAGCUCGAGGCUCUGUUGAACCACCGGUUCCAGAUCAGUGGUCGCGGGGAGGAGGAAUUCCUCGCUGGUCACGUUUGCGAACUGGCCAACAGGAUGGAUCUGAAGGAAGAGAUCCGGCAGACCAUGAUGAAGCCCGAGAUCGCCCAGCUGCGUUUCCUGGUCUGCGGUGGCGACGGCACCGUGACCUGGGUGCUACACGAGAUCGAGGAAUGCAAAGAAGAGAACCCCAGGCUCUUCUCCAACUUCCAGGAGGAGCCGGCCAUUGGAGUGGUGCCGGCCGGCACAGGCAAUGACCUGGCGAGGUCCUUAGGCUGGGGUGCGAAGUUGCGAAGCGUGGCGCAGCUGGUGGGCUAUGUCCAGUGGACCCUUGCGGCGGAUAUCGUGCCGAUGGACCAGUGGAAGGUCACGGUGACCUUCAAGAACUUUCUGGGCGUGCCUAUUCGCAAGCCACCUGCGUUUCACGAGAAGCCGGUUCUGAGUGCAGAUCGCAACUUUGAAGGAUAUUUCCAGAACUAUUUCUCCGUGGGAAUGGAUGCGAGCGUCGCUUUGGGCGUGAGUCAAGCCCGAGCCAGCUGUGCAGGUCGCUGUUGCUUCUUCAUUGGCUGUGGAAAGUGUUGCUACGGGGCUCAGGCAUAUCGCACAGGGGUCUUCAACUGCUGCUCCGUGGGGCUUAGCUUGAAGGACCAGAUGCUCCAGAUGCGCAGCAGCACUGCUCCAGCGGCCACCGCUCCCAUGGAGAGCCUUGAGGUGCCUAGAAUACGUCAGUUGCUGUUGUCCAAUAUCAAUUCCUAUGGCUCAGGGCGUGUGGUGCUGUCGAACCAGGAGUUGAGUCAGAGUUCACCUUCGGAUCACUUGCUGGAGAUGAUCGCCUUCUCCAACUCCUGCGCCUUUGGCUGGGUGAUGGCUGGUGGUCGUGCCAAGGUCCUCCAGCGGGUGGCAGCGGUGAAGUUCACCCUGGAACGAGCGGAGACCAUUCAGAUCGAUGGUGAAGCCUGGCAGCUGCCAGCCCCCUGCGAGAUCCAAGUCCAAUGGCACCGCUCCGUGCGGAUGCUGCGGCCACCGACCUGCCCACCGGGUGUGUGGCAAGGACGUCAAUCGCCAGGUUUUUGGCAUCCCAAAGCCAAGGCGCAACCCCGACAUUGA